AGAUGAGCGUCAUUCAUAUUUGCAACCCCUUGUAAGUAAAUCUUAUUUGACCAUACUCUGCGACACCAGCGACAUCUCUUUUGCGCGUACACCUGGGGAUUGAAGAAUUUAUACCAAAUGUACAAAAAAAAAACGAGUUUCCAUACCUUUCGUACUCUGCUUAUGUCAAUUUUUCAAUUUUUUGACAUUCUCUUCAAUUGUUAAUAUGAGAAUACUCUAUCUUGGCGAGAUUUUCAACUUGUAAAAAAUGGAUUUAAGUAAAAAGUUAUCUGAGCAGGGCUGGCAUUUAACUGAUGAUGGCAUAAAAAAAAUUACUGCUGCAGCCUCCAAUGCAAGUGGGAUUGAUGUCAAUGAUGUGCGGAAAAUUAUACCAAUCAUUACGGACAUGGAUUUCCGUGAGAUAGCGGGGGGUGCUCUUCCAACUAAAAGAGAUGAUAAUAUUCCUGGUCGAAUUGUUCUACAGUUACAAAAGACAAGAAAUAUUUCAGCACCUAAAUCAAAUGAAGACUCAAAGGCUGCUCCGCGAUUCUUGCAAUUAGAAUUGACAGAUGGACAGACCACAAUCAAUGCUUUGGAAUUGGAAAACGUUUCGGUUUUAAAUAUGAAUUUACCACCGGGAACAAAAAUUUAUUUUCGCAGCGAGCGACUUCAAUUAAUGCAAGGUUUUUUAAUUUUACGGUCAUCUGAAAUACAAGUUUUAGGAGGGCGUGUUGAGCCGUUGGUUGAAAAAUGGGAAUUAGCUCGCACUAUGUUAAAAUAUGCCCGAAGUGGGCGCAGAAUGAGUGGAGCCAGUGGACCACCACCAUGGAUACCUUUUGGAACAAAAGUUGAGGCAUCUAUUUCAAAUGAUCGAAACUUUAAAAGUCUACAAGCAGCAGGUGCCGAUGGAAAAGAAACAAAGGAAAACGAAGAAUUCAAUGCUAUGCGUAGCGAAGCUAUUGCAGAAGCUAGCAAAGCGGGAGCGAAAAAGGUCUUUGGAGGGGGUGGUCAACAAAUGCUGGAUCACAACGUUAAAAAGAUAUUAGAGAAAGGUUUCAGCGAAGAAGAUGCCAAACAAGCUUUACGCACUACAAAUAAUAAUCUGGAGCGAGCACUAUACAAUCUAAAACGUCGUGGUGAAAUGAGACGAUCAGAAGAUAUCACAAAUGCUAAAAACAAUCCAGCUAGCUCUUUUAUGUCAGCAAAAACUGGUCGAGGUGGGCCAAUGCGAGAAAUAAGUACGGGGAAACGUGGCGUACCAGCCGCAAAGGAAGAAGCUCUAGCUGCAAAACCCGCUGGCAACGUUUCUUUGUUUGACUUUUUAACCGAUAAAUUGCCAGUGGAUGCAGUAUCGAAUGUUAACUCUAAUAUUAAUAAAGACACUGCUAUUGCAACACCUACGCCGAAUAUUACUUCUAAUACAUUAAAAUUAAAAAAGAGUGAUAAAAUCAAGAAAGAAGUUAAUAAAAACAUAAAAGUUGAAAAUACAACACCCACUGAAAGCAUCACCGACUCUAAUGCUAACUCUAAUCGCCCAAGAUUUGAAAACACUAUGUCAAGCAGCUUUGCGGCGAACCGAUCAUUUGGGUCUCAAACCAAUGGACCACUAAGAAGUGAGAGAGGCGGUGCCAGUAGUCGCGGUGGACGCACUAGUAAUGAACGCGGCAGAAGUUCAGUUUCAUUUAAUCCAUUUAGAGAUAACGAUCGUGCCGGUCACUCUCUAAGUGGUAAUCAAAAUCAAGCUCGUAAUAACCGCGGAUCCUAUGAACGUGGAAAGAACACAAAUUCAUUGGGCGGAGAUUUACAUGACGGUGGAAACAGUAGUUAUGCAGGCAAGCGUUCAAAUGAAAGGCAACAACAGCCAAGGAAUCACGGCGCCGAUGAGCGUGGAGUUGGACAGAAUGAAGGUAGACAGCGUUAUAAUAAUAAGCGGGAAGGCAGUAGCCAACUUCAAAAUAGCAGUAGCGUAUCAACUAAAAACGGUACACCACAAAACUCGAACGCCAACGUCUCUACUCAAAUGAAUAAAUUAAUUGAAGACACUUCCAAGUUGAAGAUUGCAGACUCCAAACGUAGCCCCAGAGCAGGCAGAAGUACAAGUGGAGAAAGCCGCUCCAACACGCAAUAUUCUCAAAAUUAUGACCCUAAUCAAGUUCAAAACGCUUCACAAUUGAACAACGGAUAUUCUUACGAUACAAGUAAGAUAAUCGGUUUUCAAAAUAAGGAAACGAAUGAAUUUGCUAUGACUUUGCUAAAGAGUCAGGGAUUAGGUUCUUCAACAUCAAAGCUUGGUACACAACCGCAACAACAAUCACCAUCUCCAAAAGUAAAUAGUCAAAGCAAGCAAGUGAAUGAUAACUAUAUGUCAUCAGUGUUACCGCACACACGAAAUGCACAAAUGAGUGGCUAUGCUUCACAUCCAAGUGACUACUCUACAUCCAACCCGAAUGUACCCACCGUCGUACCAGUUCCGAGUCAUUUUGGUAUGGUGCAAGGUGAUGGUUGGCAUUGGAAAGUUGGAGAUCUCUGUUUUGCUAAAUAUUGGGAUGACGGUCGGUAUUACGAGGCUGAGGUUACAGCUGUGUCAGACAAAACUUGUGUGGUGUUCUACCUUGGAUAUGGAAAUCACGAGGAAGUUUUAAAAUCAGAUUGUCUGCCAAUAACCGACGGUAAUCAUUGUCCUGUAAACAACUACAAUGCUGCCAUGCCAUAUUCACAGCCACAACAAGGAAAAUCAAAUAUGGUUGGACCAAUGCUUCCACCUCAACAGUUGCAACAGAGUGCAUAUCAGCGAGGAGGAGGUGGAGCGCAGCGUUUCCGGGGUGAAAGACAAAUGUAUGUCCCACCACAUAAAAGAGAAAAUUGACAGCAUAUUCAUUAUCAAGCCGCAAGAGCAAAAGUUCUACAGUCGCAGCAAAAUCAACUUUGGUAAUUGAUAUCAUCUUGAAAAAAGAAAUAAAAUUCAUUAUUAUAAUGUAACGCUAGUUCUUUUGGAAAGUUCUUUAAUAAUAUGUAUAUGUAGCGUUUCAACUUUAAAUUUCGGAGUAAAACUUGACUAAUACCAAAAGUACAUGUUUGGCUUAAGAUAUUAUGGAAUUCUAACCUUUAUGCAUGUAUGAAUGUAAAUAAAAGCGCACCCUUUUGAACCAAAUUAUUAAGUAUUAUACUAGAAUAAUUGAUGUUCGUAAAUAAAGUUUUGUGGCGAAAA